GGCUGUGGGUGCACUUGCUUCUGAGGGUUCAACUGCUACACAAAAGCAGGAGGCCAGGGCUCGAACGGAGGAAGAGGGGCAGUGUACAUGCAGUCAUGGACUACCAGCAGAAACUGGCUGAAAAACUCACAAUCCUCAAUGAGAGGGGGAACGGGGUGCUUAUACGCAUGAACUACAUUAAGAAGACAUGUGCAGAUCCCAAGCUGCGGCCAUCCCUUCUUACAGAUAAAGCAGUGGAAUCUGCCAUCAAAUACAUUAACAAGAAGUUCCCUAAUAUUGACUUCAGAGGAAACAUUCAAAAUCUGAACAGCAUCCAGCGACAGAAAACUGAGGUGCUGGGAGUCACAGCAAGCUACUACAACUCUUUCUUGGAUGUCAUAGAGUUUAGGGAUCAUGUUUAUGAGUUGCUGAACACCAUAGAUGCCUGUCAGUGCUUCUUUGAUAUUGCUUUUAACUUUGAUUUCACCAAAAACUAUUUGGACCUGAUCAUCACCUACACAUCUGUUAUCAUCACUCUGUCUCGCAUUGAUGACAGGAAGGCUCUGGUGGGAAUGUUCAACUGUGCCCAUGAGAUGACUAACGGAAGCAGUGAUCCCUCCUACCCGCGGCUUGGCCAGAUGAUUGUGGAGUAUGAGCAUCCCUGGAAGAAGCUCACUGAAGAGUUUGGUCCCCACACAAGGUCUGUAACAGCAGCUCUGCUUUCACUGAGGAUGGUCUACCCACGCAGAAAUCUGUCUGCAGAACAGUGGCGGAACGCCCAGCUCCUCAGCUUGCUCAGCGCUCCAGCCAACAUGAUGGAGCCAGUCAGUUGUGACACUAUGGCAUGUGAAUACCUGCCUAUGGAUGUGAUGGAACGUUGGAUCAUUAUCGGCUUCCUGUUGUGCCACAGUAGCCUGAAUACAAACCAGGCCUCCCAGGACCUGUGGAAGAUGGCUUUGCGGAGUGGCCUCUACCUCACCCUUGUCAGAGAUGAAGUACUCAACAUACAUAAAGUCUCUGAGGACCUCUUCGACAGCAUUAAAGGAUAUAACAAGAGAGUUGCAGACAUCAAGGAGUGUCGUGAGCAUGUUAUACUUAAUUGUGGAGCUCUGCACAGAGAGAGAAGGCAGUUUCUGAGAGGGGCAAUGAAGGAAUUAUUUAAAGUUCUGGAGGAUGAACCAGGACUCUUGGGACCAAAGGCCUUGUUUGUCUUCAUGGCUCUGUCAUUUUCCCGCGACGAGGUCCUGUGGCUUGUCAGGCACUCAGAGAACAUGCCAAAGAUAAAGACGCUAGAGGACUACAAUGACAAUCAGAUGGCUGAGCUGCUGUUCUACAUGGAGAAGUUAAGAGGACUAAUGGGGAAGUACAACCAUGUAGUUCAGCGCUACUACGUUCAGUACCUGGCACAGUUUGAUGCCUUGAUACUCAAUGACACCAUACAGAACAUGUAUGUUUGUCCAGAGGAGGAGUCGGUUCUGAUGAGCUCCUUUGUGUCAACCCUGUCUGCCCUUUCAGUGAAACAAGUGGACAGCAAAGAGGAGUUUGAUUUAAAAGCGCUGAGACUGGACUGGCUAAGAUUGCAGGCCUACACAAGUGUGAACAAGGCCCCUCUCCCACUGAAGGACUAUCCUGACAUGGCAAGGGUGAUGAACAUGACCCAGUUUCACACCAAAAUGGUAGACAGCUUGGAAGAAAUGCUCCACGAGACAUCUGAGCUGUCCAUCCUCUGUUUCUUCCCUCGUGUCUUUGAGAAGAUGUUUAGCCAGAGCAGUGAGGAGAUGACUAUGAAGCAUUACCUCAUGGCCUUCCCCUCUGUCUGUUCUCACUUCAGCCAGUGUGUGCACCUUAUUUGUCCAGAAGAGAUAGAAGCAUUGGAGAAGAGAAGCCUGUGCCUGUGCGUGACCUUCUUGGAGCAGAUAGCCAAGCAAACCAGCAGUGUUGUGUUAGAGAUAUGUGCAGAGCAACGCAAUCUCAGUGACCAGCUGCUGCCUAAACAAUGUGCUGAGACCAUCAGUGCUGCUCGCCACAGAAAGCAAAAGAAACCACUGCCAAAAAAAGGAGAGGUCCAAAAAGAGAAGCCGGGCGCUGAGAGCGUGAGGAAAGACCGAACCGUGUACACUAAUGUGGACAAGAUGCAUCUGAUGCUGACAGAGCUCUGCUCCUCCUACAGUCUCUGCAGUGACUUGAUCGUCUUUGACCACACUGUCGUUCCCACAGAGUUCCUCCUGUCUCAGCUGGAGACACGUCUGUCUGAGAUCAUUGUGAGAAUGGCCAAUUACAACCAGACCACCCAGGAGAUAGCACGUCCCUCUGACCUACUGGCAUCGAUAAGAGCAUACAUAGCCAAUCUGCACAGCUUCUCAAGCUACGUCAAUGUGGAUGUGACACGGCUGGUGAAGAGCGUCCUGCUGCAGCAAACGCAACCACUGGACUCCCACGGAGCACAGACACUAACAACGCUCUACACAAACUGGUACCUGGAGGGUCUUUUGCGUCAGGCAAGCAGCUCCCUCAUCGUCCACUGUCCUACAAUGCACUGCUUUGUGAGCCAGAAUACAGACACUGAACCAACUUUCAGAGCAGAGCAGUUCUCAGAUGUUUCAGAGUUGCAGGCACUGGCGGAGCUAAUUGGUCCAUACGGCAUGAAAUUUUUGGGUGAGAACCUGAUGUGGCACAUCACCUCUCAAGUCAGCGAAAUGAAGAAAAUGGUGAUAGAGAACAUGGACAUCCUGGUGCAGAUGAAAAACAACUUUGACAAGCCUGAGGAAAUGGCAAAUCUUAAGAGAAGGCUGACAGGUGGAGAGAAUGUCUUGAAGAGGAUGACCAUCAUUGGGGUGAUCCUGUCCUUCAGAUCAAUGGCACAGGACUGCCUAAACGAUAUCCUGCAGAAGCAUUGCCCCUUCCUAAUGGGGCCUAUUGAGAACUUAAGAGACUUCAUCACCAAUAAAGCCGACAUCAAGGUGACUCUGAAUGUUUUCCAGCUGGCUUCUGCUGCAGGGCUGAAAUGUGAUUUUGAUCCUGCCCUGGUUGAAGCUAUCAGCAAUAUGCAGACAGAUAACACAUCAGUUGAUGAAGAGUUCAAGCUGUCUCGUUUGCUGCUCGUCUACGUCGCAGUGUCCCUGCCUACCUUGGCUCUCGACCCCAAUUCCUUCUAUAGCCGAGAACACGGAGGCCACAACAACAACAUCCACUGUUUAGCUACAGCUAUCAACCAGCUGGCUGCCGCCAUGUUCACCGUUCAGAACAAGAACAUAGAGCAGCAGCUCAAAGAAUUUCUCCUGCUGGCCUCCUCCACUUUGCUUCAACUGGGACAAAAUGUGGAAAGAGUGGAGUGUAAAAACAGAGAGUCCGUCUACUUGCUCCUACACAUGAUUGUGGAGGAGUCUCCGUACUUGACUCAAGACAUGCUGGAGAGCUGCUUCCCGUACGUUCUACUCCGAAAUGCCUACAGAGAAGUGCACAAGGCCUUUGUUGUCACACUGGGCUGAAAACUCUUUUUUUUUUUAUUGAUCCAAAGGAGUAUUUUUAUGCACAUGCACUCUUUGCUUUUAUUGCCAUUCAGCUUUGUAGGUCUGUAUACAGGUUAAACAUGGCCUUGAAAAUUUUGAAGCGAUACUUUCUGUCAGUAAGUAUGUUUUAUGUACCUUCAUUGAAUAAAUAUCAGCUCUCACUUAAUUAAGUUUUGACCAGCAUUUAUGCCCUCAACUUAUCAGUAUUUUUUUUGCAGUAUUAGAUUUACAAAUGUAUUGUUGGUUUAAAUUAUUUUAUUCAGCACUGUAGGUAUAUUUGCAACAUCUCCUUACAUACCAUAAGUUCUUGGACAUAAAGAAAACGAUUUUUUAAGAUUUUUUUUUUCUUUCAAAUUUUCCUUAAAUAAAUAUUAAAAUAAUUUUUA